CAUUUCUUUUCACAUCACAACUUCAGAGUUCAAACCUCUCUUUCUUCUUUCUUUCAUUUCUCAUUUUCUCUCCAAUGGCCGAUUCCACCACUCUUCAACCUCCCGUUACCGGUGCACCUGCCGGACCCACAAAGAAACCAAGAAACAGCCGGAAGGCUUUGAAGGACAAAAACUCUUCACCGGAGGUACCACAAUCUCAAUCCAUGGUUCCGAAAGUUACAGCACCAUCGGAAGGAGAGAUCCUCUCUCAGAAUCAAACUUCUGCUAAGAAACCGAAAUCCAAAGCCGCAGCAAAGAAGCAGCCGGCGAACCAAUCCUUUGAUAAAGAUUUGCAGGAAAUGCAGGAUAUGCUUCAGCAGUUGAAGCUCGAUAAGGAGAAGACUGAGGAGCUGUUGAAAGAGAAAGAUGAGAUGCUUAAACAGAAGGAUGAAGAGCUUAAAACGAGGGAUAAAGAACAGGAAAAACUCCAGAUCGAAUUGAAGAAAUUGCAGAAGUUAAAGGAGUUCAAACCUACUAUGAACUUUCCUAUGAUUCAAAUUUUCAAAGACAAAGAACAAGAUAAGAAAGAGAAAAAGAAAUGCGCGGAAAAGAAGAGGCCGGCACCCCCUUACAUCUUAUGGUGCAAAGAUCAGUGGAACGAGAUCAAGAAGGAGAAUCCAGAGGCAGAUUUCAAGGAAACCUCAAACAUUUUGGGGGCUAAAUGGAAGACUAUUUCAGCAGAGGAGAAGAAGCCAUAUGAGGAGAAGUACCAAGCUGAAAAAGAAACCUAUUUGCGAAUCACUUCUAAAGAGAAGCGUGAGAGUGAGGCCAUGAAGUUGUUAGAAGAAGAGCAGAAGCAGAAGACGGCUAUGGAGCUGCUUGAGCAAUACCUUCAAUUCAAAGAGGAAGCAGAGAAGGAGAACAAGAAAAAGAAGAAAGAGAAAGAUCCAUUGAAGCCAAAACAGCCCAUGUCUGCAUUCUUUCUCUUCUCAAAUGAGAGGCGUGCAUCUCUUGUUGCUGAAAACAAGAAUGUUGUUGAGCUAGCAAAGAUAGCAGGAGAGGAGUGGAAGAACAUGACAGAGGAGCAGAAAGGUCCUUACGAAGAGAUGGCAAAGAAGAACAAGGAAAAAUACAUGCAGGAAAUGGAAAUUUACGAGCAGAAAAAGGAGGAGGAAGCAGCAAUUCUGAAGAAAGAAGAGGAAGAGCAAAUGAAGGUUCAGAAACAUGAGGCUUUACUAUUGCUAAAAAAGAAAGAAAAAACCGAGACUAUUAUAAAGAAAUCGAAGGAGGAGCGCCAGAAGAAGAAGAAGGAAGGGAAAAAUCCUGUCGAUCCUAACAAGCCUAAGAAGCCUGCAUCCUCCUACAUCUUGUUCAGUAAAGAAGCAAGGAAAAGUGUAAUGGAGGAGAAGCCUGGAGUUAGCAACUCUACAGUGAAUGCACUGAUAUCAGUGAAAUGGAAGGAACUAAGUGAAGAGGAGAGAAAAAUAUGGAAUGACAAAGCUGCAGAAGCCAUGGAAGGUUACAAGAAGGAAGUUGAGGAGUACAACAAAAGUGUUGCUGAAAUGAAAGGUGAUGAUGAUGAUCAAGAGAAGAGUUAGUAGAUUAGUUUUUCUUCGCUGUUCAAGUGUUGUUUGAACAGUCCUUAACAAUGACUGCUUUUGAUUAGUCGCUGCUAAUCUUGGUUCUCUUUUCCCGAAUGUAUCGCUUAAAUUCUAAUGAGAAACCUCUGAUUCUAUAACCCAGUGGUCAAUAUAUAUAUAUUUGGAAUACACUCAGAGGGAUUAAAUUUACUUCAAAACUUAUCUCAA